UCGAAAACUGGGAUCAGUGGCCGCUGAUUCCAAUCUGAAUCGGGCGAUGUUCGAUCGGAUUUCCCGUUUCUUGAAACCCUGCUUAUGGGCUAAGAGGUUGAAAGUCGAAACUACUAAUGACAAAUGGAGAAGUGUUGAGGAUGGAGGGUGGGUUUGACGCGGUCCUAACGGUCGGGUUGAGAUUACAGUGUAGAUAGACAAAAUGAUGGCUGAAGAUCUAGGCGUUGAAGCUAAAGAAGCUGCAGUUCGCGAGGUUGCAAAGCUAUUGCCUCUUCCAGAGCUUUUGUCAUCCAUAGCUUCAAUCAAGUCAGAUUACAUAACUCGUCAGCAGGCAAAUGAUGCACAACUCAGUACAAUGGUUGCAGAGCAGGUAGAACAGGCACAUGCUGGGCUUGAAGCUCUUGCCUUGUCUCAGAAGACAAUAAACCAGCUUCGGGAUAACUUUCUUGGUAUUGAAAAGCUGUGUCAAGAAUGCCAAACACUGAUUGAAAACCAUGAUCAGAUAAAGCUCCUCAGCAAUGCAAGGAACAACUUAAAUACAACUCUGAAGGAUGUGGAGGGGAUGAUGUCUAUUUCUGUAGAAGCGUCUGAAGCACGGGAUUCUUUGCGUGAUGAUAAAGAACUCAUAAGCACAUAUGAGAGGUUAACAGCACUAGAUGGAAAAAGGAGGUUUGCAUUAGCAGCUGCAGCAUCCCACAAGGAAGAGGUUGGCAGGCUAAGGGAAUAUUUUGAAGAUGUAGAUCAGACUUGGGAAACAUUUGAAAAGACAUUAUGGGGCCACAUUGCAAAUUUCUUCAAACAUGCAAAAGAAAGUCCACAGACAUUGGUUCGUGCAAUUAGAUGGACUUACCAGUUCUUGGAUAUUCUUCUUGGCAAUACUUCUUAUUAA